AUGUUGCUUUACAAUCUCUUCGUUCUAUCGUCGGUCCUGCUUUCGUCAGGUCAUGCUAUUACUUUCGACACCGAUCUCGGAUUGACUCACUACAACCUAGAAAAUAAAGAUAAGGAAGAUGGUCUGCGAGACAGUUUCAAAAAGUAUUUCGAUGAACACUGCAGACGUUUCAACUUAACGACCUCUCUGAGGUACGAUAGAAAGAUGUAUCACUAUCUUUAUGAGUAUUUUUACUAUUGGUGGAAACCUUAUCAUAUAGCUCGUAUAUUCUACUCGUUUAUCGACAGUACGAUAAGAACGUCAAAAAAUUGGUCCACAAUAGGAGAAGAGCACGUCAAGUACAUCACUAGUUACCACCGUUCUGGUAACACGAAGGAAACCUGCGAGAUGCUCAGUAAGCACCCUAAGUUUGUCUGUCAAGCUUACACAUAUGUAUGGUCGGGUAUUUGGCUCUACUGCGCAUUCGUUGUUCCAAAUGGUAAAUAG